AUGACCUCCAUCCGCCGAUCUCGCUGCGUAUACAUUGCUGCGUUGACGGCGCUCGCGUACUUGAUAAUCUUCUGCGUGAUCAGCUACAACGGCAUGACAACACAGCUCUUUUCGGCAAAGCUCAAGGAGUUUUCGCUCGAUUCCCCGGGGCUCCGGUCUCUUUUUGACGUCCAGGACUCGUAUUCCUUGGACGCAUGGGCAGACGCCAUUUUCCGGCGCAAGGUCUCGGACCGCCCGGCCGACGAUGCCAUUCGCAUGGCCAGAUACAGCAUCGACGGGCCGUCUGAAAGCAGCGAUCUAGUGGAGGUGCCCGGGUUUUUGCGGGGCGAGGGCGAAAACCCCCACUUGACCCCCCACGAGCCGCGGCUCACUCUAGGCCUCUUGCUCAGCGAACUCAACGCCAACUUGGCCGGGCAGCACACGUUGGAAACACUCCGCAUCCCGUCCUUCCACUGGGCGGACUGGACGGACUUGGCGCUUUUAGACACAAAGAUGCUCUCUGUGAAAGACAGCCCCGCCACGUGCGAGCUGCUCAACCCCACCCGCAAGGAACGCAACCUCAUGCAGAAGGACAUUGCGUUGGACGCCAGCCGCUUCUGCUUCAAUGACGCAGACCUUGCGGCGGCCAUGCAAGAGCACGCGGACAACCCAUUCUUGGCGCCGUACCUCCAGAAAAUCGCCGACCUGCCCUACAAAGCCGGGCUCCACGUCCACCAGUUCCCGAACCGGACAUCGCAACGCAUCCGUGCCAUUGCCGCUGCGUCAUACGUGCACGAUUUCAUGCCGGCGCCCUUGGCGGUGCACCUCCUCCUUCCCAAAGGGGCCCAGCAGAUGGCCCCUCUCCAUGUGCCGGUCAACCAGGACGUGUCAGGCCGGAUCCGCAUGGCCGACACGCCCCAGGCCCGCGCCGUGGCCGGACGCAGCCCAGUCCUCGACAUCCGGCGGGAAUUGUCCAGCCUCGCCGCGCACGUGGACAACAGCUCGCUCCCCGCAUGGAAGUACCGCAAGGAAUUGGCCCAUGAGGCGUUUGUCGACACGCUGGCAAGCAUCAUGGAGCAGCUCGCGCAGCAGCCGAACCUCUCGCCGCAGGAGUCCAACUACCUCGACAGUCUCCGGCUUUCGGUCGGCACCAAGACCCCCACCAAGUACUUCAACGAGGCGCUCUUGGUGCGCAACGAGCCGGAGUGGGCCAGCGGGAGCCACUACGACUGGCGCUUCUUCAAGGGCCUCCAGUCCGCGCAGGACGAGCACGCGGUGCUUUUGCACGGGCUCAUUCUGGCGUGGCUCCGCUUCACCAACGCCAACGACAUCACCUCGUGGAUCGCGCACGGGUCGCUUUUGGGCUGGUACUGGAACGGCCUCUCGUUUCCCUGGGACGCCGACUACGACGUGCAGGUGCCCAUCCGGGACCUCCACACGCUCUCGCGGAAAUUCAACCAGACCGUGGUGGUGGAUUUUGGAGCACUGGCCUCUCAGGAGGUGCGGCUCGGCCGCUACUUCCUCGACUGCGGCACCUGGGUCAGCCACCGCGACCGGGGCAACGGCUUGAACAAUAUCGACGCCAGAUUCAUCGACAUGGACUCGGGCCUAUACAUCGACAUCACCGCGCUCGCCGUGUCGCUGACCGCCACGCCCCGGAGGUACUACGGCCAGCUCCCGAAGGAGUUCCAGAAGACCAACUUCGUGCAGAAAGUCAAGGCCGACCCCGACUUCGGCCUCCGGCAGAACACGGCCGCCCAGCUCUACAACUGCCGGAACAAGCACUUCAUGUCGUUGGCCGAAAUAUCGCCGCUCCGCCUCACCAUGAUGGAGGGCGUGCCCGCAUACAUUCCCAACGAGUUCUCCAAGAUCUUGGACGUGGAGUACACGCGAGGCAUUGACUCCAAACGCUUCAAGUCGUAUGCGUUUUUGCCGCGGCUCCGCCUCUGGGCCAGCUACAAGGCCAUCCACAAGUACACCCGUGGCCGCAGCGCAAACGACAAGAAGAUCCAGAUGGGGGGCCACUCCAAGAUCGCGCGUGAAACCGUGGACACGCUCUCGGUGUUUUCGUUCAACGACCAGGACUACCUUGAGCUCAUGUACCUUGAGCAGGACUUGUUGUUUGAGUACCUUGUGACAAAAGAGACCACCUUGUUUCAUCAGAAGGAAAUGGACUUGUUGCUCCAGGGCCAGUCUGCCGAGACCCUACUCUUUCCCAAUGGGGAGCUCGUGGCGCCGGCGCAGCUCCGCCAUGAUCUCAAUAACUACAAUGCCGUGAAGGUGCAGAGCGGGUUUGGCGAGCGAAUGGGCGAGUACAUGUCGAUGGCACAAGCUCUAAAGACAGGGAAAGCAAACCAAGCAGGAAGGAUGAACCCAUACAAGGACCGGCCAGAAGAGGGCGACAGAACGGUCCAGGGACCACCAAAAGAGGAUGGCCAACUGGAGGGACCACCAAACGAAGCUCUGAAAAACCUCCCAUUGCUUUCGCAGUCAGAUGAAUAG